AUGUCUUUCCUUCAUAAUCAUUCUUGCGAGUGCGUUAAGUCAGAAUUGGAUUUGUUUGCACUACCGUCUACACAAACUAGCAUUGAAAAUGGAUUGUGGAUUCAUUAUAAACCAAUUUCAUCUCUUGGUGAUGAUGGACCUAUCGAGUUUCAAGUUCCUGGGACCGGCGAUGACUACAUAGAUUUGUCUCAUACAUUACUCCACAUAAAGGCAAAAGUAUUAAAUCAAGAUUCAACUAACUUGGUAUCUACUACAAUAGUAGCACCUGUAAAUAAUUGGCUGCAUUCACUUUUUAGUCAACUUGAUGUUUAUUUAAACCAAAAACUUGUAUCACCACCUAAUAAUACCUAUGCAUAUCGAGCAUACAUGGAAACCCUUUUAAACUAUGCCCCUGCUGCUAAACAAUCUCAUCUUACUUGUAGUCUUUGGUAUGAGGAUACAGCAGGAAAAAUGGAUUCUACAGAUGGUAAAAACAUAGGAUUUGUUAAAAGACAGGAAUUGAUUAGUGAAAGUAAGGAAAUAGAAAUGAUUGGUCAUCUUCACGGUGACAUUUUUAACCAAGAUAAAUUUUUAAUUAAUGGUGUUGAAAUGAGUGUUAAAUUGGUUCGAUCAAGAGAUAGUUUUAAUUAA